GUAGGCUAGCUCUGAACUUCUAUUCUCAUGCAGUUCAAGCUUGUGUUUUACACAAGGAGAAACAUAACAUGGAGUAAAUAGUUCAUGUGUUAUCACGACAGGAACUUUAACGAAACUAACUAAACAUUUGCACACUGUCAAAGAGGAAUCACUAUGUUAGAAGAUCUACUCUCCACACUACCCACAUGGGCGUGGCUUGUGGUUGUCCUCAUAUCUCUGGUGUGGUGGUACAACCACAAGCCAGCACCACCAAACUACCCGCCUUCUCCUGGUCUGUCCCUGCCUCUGAUUGGUCAUCUCUAUUUGAUGAAGAAAGAUCCAAGAAAAAACUUCAGACAAUGGGCACGGACAUUAGGAGGGGCUUUCAGCUUAAAGAUGGGGACAGCACCGUUUGUAGUGUUGAACAAAUACGAGCUGAUCCAUGAGGCUUUUGUUAAACAGGGAGAUAACUUUUCUAACAGAUCAUCCAUAGAUUUCUUCGCCACACAAAUGCCAAGGCGUUUGAACGGCGUCUUGCUGUCAUCUGGCCCUUUAUGGAAAGAAAUUAGAUCUACGUCGAUGACAAUUUUAAGAGAUUUAGGGAUGGGUAAAAAUAUCCUGGCGGAGAAAAUAUCCGAGGUGGUUGAAGUUUACCUCCAGGAGUUAUCUCACCUGGACGGUAGAGCAACAAAUGUCAGGAAUUUAACCAACGCUUGCGUUGCUAACGUCAUCUGUUCAAUUAUCUUCGGGAAAAUGUUUGAGUUAACUGAUCCGUUAUUCACAAAACAAAUACAACUUUUCCAAGAAUUAGCUGCAGCAUUCUCAUCGAUUUCUGUUCUACACUUUUUCCCUGUAUUAAAGAAUAUUCCUGGUGAUCCGUUUGGUGCAAAACAUUUGUCAAACUUGCUGGAAGAUAUCAAAUUUCACACACAAAUGCUCUCGACUAAAUGUGUUGAUUCACAAAACGUUGAAAAUUUUCUCAAUUUAUUUCUGAAUGAAAUUAAACGGAAUGGAGUUCAAAAUUCACGAGUUGACGAAGAAAAACUUGGUGUCGUAGUAGAAGAUUUGUUUGCAGCUGGGACUGAGACUACCAGUACAACACUGAUGUGGGCCAUGCUGUACGCUUUACAUUACCCAGAAACACAGGAGAAAAUAUAUCAGGAAAUAGUUGACAGUGUUGGAACUAAUCGAUCACCUACAAUUUAUGACAAGGCAAAGCUAAAUUAUUUAAACGCGUUCAUCAUGGAAGUCCAAAGAGUGACGACGAUUGUGCCAUAUUCCUUAAGCCACGAAUGUUCACAAGACACGACCGUUGGCGGUUACACCAUCCCUAAAGGGACACAAGUCCUGCCCAACUUGGAUUUUGUACACAACGACCAGCAAGUCUGGGGAGACCCGGGGAACUUUAGACCCGAGAGAUUUCUUGAUGACCACGCUGACGUCAUCUCCCGUGAAGAACUGAUACCCUUUUCGCUUGGUCGUAGGGUUUGUUUGGGAGAGUCGCUGGCUAAAAUGGAGUUGUUUCUCUUUCUGUCUGCUUUGUUUCAAAGGUUCCGCCUGCUCCCAGCUGACCCAUCCAACCUACCACCACUGAAUGGUGUCUUUGGUGUUGCUGUAACACCACUGCCUUUUGACAUCAGGAUGGUGGAGAGAAACAACUGAUGUCACAAAUUUGGAGACACCUUCAACCAUCUACAACUACCACUACAGUAAAACAAAUUUGAUACACUUAUUCAUUGAUGUAUUCUUUGUCACUUGUAAAAGUUAAAUUUGUGUUUUCCGUUUCAUAAGGCAACAACAACUACUUAAGAUUGUAUUUUCGAUUCCUUGACAAUCUUAAAUCAGCGUCCAGAUGUCUCAACAUUGUUUAUGAUGUUUUUCCUUUCUUAUUUCUAU